AGUCAACACAACAUCUUAGCUACCUGUGGUCAAUUGUGCCUUGUGGAUUUCGGUACAGUGGGGAAUAUCCAAUAUUUUCCUCAGCAAUGGACAACAUCAAAGAAGGGUGGUUCACCGAAACGUGCACAUUAUGGCCUGGUCAAGCGAUGAGUCUUCAAGUGGAGGAAGUGUUGUAUCAUAAAAAAUCUAAUUUCCAGGAUGUGAUGGUUUUUAAAAGUAAAACAUAUGGAAAUGUGUUGGUUUUGGAUGGAGUCAUCCAGUGCACAGAGCGGGAUGAAUUUUCUUAUCAGGAAAUGAUAGCAAAUCUACCUCUCUGCUGCCACCCUUGCCCCAAGAAGGUUCUCAUCAUUGGUGGAGGAGAUGGUGGUGUCUUGAGAGAGGUGGUAAAGCAUCCACUGGUUGAGUCGGUUGUUCAGUGUGAGAUCGAUGAGGAUGUAAUAAAUGUCUCCAAGAAGUAUCUCCCUGGAAUGGCGAAGGGUUUCUUUAGUCCCAAACUUACUCUGAAUGUAGGUGAUGGAUUUGAAUUCAUGAAGCAGAAUCAGGAUGCUUUUGACAUCAUCAUCACAGACUCCUCAGACCCUGUUGGUCCAGCUGAAAGCUUGUUCAAAGAGUCUUACUAUCAACUCAUGAAAACUGCACUGCGCGAGGGAGGAAUUCUGUGUUGCCAAGGAGAGUGUCAGUGGCUGCAUUUGGAACUAAUUAAGGAGAUGCGAAUCUUCUGUAAGACACUCUUUCCUGUAGUAGAUUACGCCUACUGCACCAUUCCAACAUAUCCAAGUGGCCAAAUCGGCUUCAUGCUUUGCAGUAAAAAUCCAAAAACUAAUUUCCGUGAACCAGUACGAGAACUAACAAGAGAUGAGAUUGAGAGCAUGGGCCUGAAAUAUUACAAUCCAGAAAUCCACCUUGCUGCAUUUAUCCUCCCAGAAUUUGCCAGAAAGGUGUUAAGUGAAGCAUAAAUGGCUUUAUGGAUGCCAUUUUGUAUCACGCUGCCUUCUGUGAAAGCAGAACAAAACCCUCACCGCAACUGUAGUACCACCCACUCCAGAUCACUUUCCAGCCUCUGCUCUCUGACUGACUGUUUGGUCAAUCUGUUUCAAGUGGAAAUGCCUUCUGUGGGAAAUUCUCUUUAUUUCUGUCCAGUCCCAUCAGUAUGUUUAAGUCUCAUGAGUUGUUUUAUUUCCUGUUACAAAGCCACUACCCACAUCAAUCUGACAUAUACAAAUGUAGACAAUCAAUGCAUGUUUUGUGACUGAUUCCAUGGUCUAUUCAUGUUUUAACAGAAAUGGUGUAAUGUAGCACCAUAGGUCUCUAGCUUGGCAUUACUCACUCAAUUUAAUAAGCAUAUUUUAAAUCGCAAUCUAAUGGAAGAGAAAUCUCUUAAGUUCUCAUAAGCAUUUCUAUUGUUGGGAUUCAACAGACUUUUGUUAGGAAUCGAAAGACUUUCAGGUCAAUGAUAAUUGCACAUAUUUAGUAAACGUGCAUUGUAAUGGUUGCGUUUAUGGGUCAGUUUGUCAGCAGUAAACAGUUUUCAACUAAAUAGAAUACUGACAUUUAAGCAGACCCAAGUGGUUUACAGCAAUCGAUUUAACAGUGGCUCUCCUACUCAAACUGUAAGUAAUUUCUGUAAAAGUGGCAUUGGGGUCUAUGCUGAUGACUUGUGUGGUCUUGCUUUCAUGAAUAGUUAUGUAACUAUGGUUACAUGAGUCAUGUUUGCAUGAUGUGGUUUAUAUAGAGCAAAUUGGUGUUUGGUAUGCAGCUUUUUGAGAGAUGUGCUAUUAUAUGUCUAUUACAAAUGAAUCCUUAUUGUCAAUGGAAUAUGUGGGUGGAACGGUUUUUAGGGUUUUUAACAUGAAAUGAAAUGUCAAGUGUACUGUAAGCUUCAAGAUAUUGUCUCUUAUACUGAACCUGAUUAUGGAUGGAAUAGGAAUAUUAGCUAUAGGUAAAGAUAAACUGACAAAACUAUUUGCUGAUUAUGAUCAUAUAUCUUUUAAGUGUAGUUGCAUAGGCAACACUAUUUUGUACUCUGUGUUUUACUGAAUGGAAGGGUUUAUCUGUCCUUUUACCAUUUCCUGCUAAUGAUGUAAAUUUCAUUUUGUGAAUUUCAUAAAUUCUUUUGAAAUAAUAACAAUAAAAGCAUGUAGUUCUGUUUUG